AUGUACGAUCUCCUCGUCCAACCAUGGGGAUACUUUGCAGGUCAGGCCACUGAUGUGCACGUCAAUCAGCCAUACUUCGAGCGGUGCAGGGAAGACGAUAUUUCUUUGCCCGAUCACAUCCCUUCAAACCUGUCAGUGUUUGAGAAGCGCAAGGCGACAGAUCCAGACGAUUGGGGUGUUGCUGGUGUUAUCUGGAUUCGGACAUGGUACGGUAACGAAGCAUCUCUGGACAACAUUUUGGAUGAAGAGAUCGUCACGCGUGCGAGUGCCGACGAAGCAUAUACUCGGUUGUGGCGGAAAGCUUCAUGUCCUCCACAGGACCAUUACAAGUUUGACGCUGAUCUGUUUGGCCCAAAUGUGUUCGGAGACAAUGCUACUGCUUAUGGGGUAAUAGCACGGGACGCAGACGAUGAGGUGGAGCUGAUGAGUGAUAUACCAUCCUUCAUCCUGAGCGCUCUGAUCCAGUGCCCCGACGCGAUGGAACCUAAUAGUGGAAGUCGUGAUACCGCGGAGGACGACGAUGAUCUAAGAUCGCGACAAGCUCUACUUGUAGUGGUUGCAGACCGUGAGGCAUGUGAAGAUGGUUGGGUAUUGCUUAUAGCUCUUAACCAUAAAGGCCAGGUGUUGCACAUGCGUGCCAGAUGUAAAGCCUAUCAAGUCUCAGAGCAAGUGUACUUUUUCAGGGACGGUGGUGAGCCACUGGAUAUCACGGAAGGGGAAGAGAAUGUAAUUCACUAUCUGGAUGGCAAUAAAUCGGGCGAUGGAUGGGAUGAAGACUGA